UGAGGCUUUUAUUGUGGCGGUUGCAGCCGGAAGCAGUGUGAUGAAGCGGCGGCUAAAGCUAACAGCUAACUUCAAACUUUACAGGAUCCGCCGCUGUUUGAGUUAAAAUGAGCUCCAUCGGGACCGGGUAUGACCUGUCGGCCUCCACCUUCUCUCCUGAUGGCCGGGUGUUUCAGGUGGAGUACGCCAUGAAGGCGGUGGAGAACAGCAGCACGGCCAUCGCUAUCCGCUGUAAGGACGGCGUGGUGUUCGGGGUGGAGAAGCUCGUCCUGUCCAAACUGUACGAACAGGGCUCCAACAAACGCAUCUUCAACAUUGACAGACACGUCGGCAUGGCGGUAGCCGGCCUGUUGGCUGAUGCUCGUUCGCUCUCUGAAGUGGCGAGAGAAGAAGCUUCCAGCUUCAGGUCCAACUACGGACAUGACAUCCCUCUGAAGCACCUGUCGGACAGAGUGGCGAUGUACGUACACGCCUACACGCUGUACAGCGCCGUGAGGCCGUUCGGCUGCAGUUUCAUCCUGGGCUCAUACGACAAAGACGACGGUCCUCAGCUCUACAUGGUUGACCCGUCUGGCAUCUCACACGGUUACUGGGGCUGUGCCAUCGGAAAAGCAAAACAAGCCGCAAAGACAGAGAUCGAGAAGCUGCAGAUGAAGGAGAUGACCUGCAGGGAGGUGGUCAAAGAAGUCGCCAAAAUAAUCUACAUCGUGCAUGACGAGGUGAAGGACAAAGCCUUUGAGCUGGAGCUGAGCUGGGUGGGAGAAGUCACAAACGGACGACACGAACUUGUUCCCAAAGACGUCAGAGAGGAGGCAGAGAAAUACGCCAAGGACUCUCUGGAAGAGGAGGAUGACUCUGAUGAAGACAACAUGUAGUCUGACUCGUUCUGCUUUUUUAUGUUUUAUAGUUUCACGUUUCAACUUGUUUUUCUUUGAUGAAAAUAAAAAAUAAAUAAAUUAAA